AUGGUGGCAGCAGACCUUCGAGGGCUGCCAGAGGGCAGAGGGCAGCGACUGAGAGGAGCCUACCAGACCCCUCGUCCAGACCAGGGACCGCCGAGGAAAUCUCGCAAGAAGCUCCAAGUUAUCAUCUGCGUCCUGCUUGUGGAGCUGUGUGAGAGGUUUACGUUCUUUGGGAUUGUUUGCAACAUGAUUCUCUUCUGCACCGUGAAGUUGGGCUACGACAACUACCUGGCUGCGACGGUCAACCUGAGCUUUAUAGGAGCCAGCACCCUCACCCCUGUUCUGGUUGGGUGGUUCGCAGAAACCUGCUUAGGAAGGACUAAGGUGCUCUACUUAUGCGCUUUUCUGCAUUUCUUUGGCACAGCCAUGUUGCCCGUGGUGGCGUUUCCCUUUGAGGAUUUCUACAUCGACACUCAUCACAUGACCCACCAGCUGGAGCCUCGGGAGCAGCAGAUCUUGUUCUACAUCGGCCUCCUGGCGGCUGCGUUGGGCAUCGGCGGCAUCCGGGCCAUCCUCUGUCCGAUGGGAGCCUACAGCCUGCAGGGCUACAACCAGCAUCAGCUGCUGGGCUUCUUCAACUGGUUCUACUGGUUGGUGAACCUGAACUCUACGGUCGUGUUUCUGGGCAUCGCUUACAUCCAGCAGUCUGUAGCCAAAAAUCUGGCCUUCCUGAUCCCCUUCACCUCAGUGCUGCUGGCGCUCAUCGCCAUACACAUGAUGCGCAACAAACUCACCUACAAACCCAAGAAAGGUGGAUCACUACUGACCACACUGGGAGUUUUCGCGAACUCUCUCAGGAUGUGCUGCCUCCACUAUCGCCACCUGAGUGGAGACGUGACAUCUUGGCUGGACCGGGCCAAAGAGAACAAUGGCGGCCGGUACAGCGAGACGCAUGUGGAGAACGUGAAGGUCCUGGCCAAGCUCUUCCCUCUUUACGGCCUCCAGCUGCUGUACAGGGCCUGCAUCACUCAGAUUCCUUCGGGUUACUACAUCCAGACGAUGAACUCCAAACUCCACCUGAAUGACCUCCUGUUGCCCAUCGGGGCCAUGAAUGUGAUCAGCAUCCUUCCUCUGCUGCUCUUAGCUCCUCUGUUUGAAUGUGUGGCCUCCUGCUACCUCUCCACGGGAAAAACUCCACUGGCACCCGCGAAACUCAUCACUCUGGGACACAUCUGUGCCGCUCUGUCGGUCCUGCUGGCUGGUUUGUCCGAGCUGCAGAGGAAGUCUUACCCUCUGGUGGAGCAGACGCUGUCCGGGAAGGUCCUGCAAGUGUCGUCCAUGCCGUGCUUCCAGCUGGCUCCUCAGUACGUCCUCCUCGGCCUGGCGGAGGCUCUCGUCACCCCUGCAUGUUCCCUCAUAUCUUUCCAGCUGACCCCGAGCCACCUCAGAGGGAUCUCCCUGCACUUCCUCACUCUGUCCUAUGGAGGGGGCUGUCUGCUGGGAGCCUUUAUCGUUCAGCUGGUGUACUUUAUCUCUGGAGGUAACUUCUACCCAAACAUACUGCAUGAUGGGAAUCUGGAGAGAUUCUUCUUCCUUCUGGCCACACUGAUGGCUCUAAAUGCGGUGGUGUUUUGGAGCGUAUCCCACAGGUACAUGGAUCUGAGUGUGCAGGGGAAAGCACUGACCGUCAGUCCUCUGGCUGAGAAGCUGCUGCAUUACAAGGCCAGUCUCCGUUUCUACGACACAGUAGAUCACGCUUCCAUUGAAUCUAUUUUAUGACUUCACUUAGUGAGAUGUCUCCUGUUAGUGGCGCUGGCGCUGCACGUUUCUGUCAAAAUGUGUAGGCUAAGAAAUUCUGGGCUGACCUGUAUGAAUAAAUUACAUGAAAUGUGAAUAUAUUUGCACCUUUACAGUCAAAAUGUAAAAUCACAAACUGUGUAUGGAAUCAAGCAUGUCACUUACUCCAUCAA